ACUUGAUAACUAGCCUUCAAAAGACUUUCUCAACCACAUUACAAACCUCACUACAGGACAUUUCCAAUGGCAUUUUAGGUGAAAACAGUAUGAUUGGCAAUGAAAUUGAUGAUAUCCUUGCCAGACCAAGUCGUCCUGUGGGAGACCAUAUUGUAGAGCUGAGCAUUAAGCUGAAAGGAGAGAGUUAUGAUGAUGCUUUAAGAGAUCCAGAGAGUUCAUAUUAUCAGCGUCUAUCUGAGCAGUUCACUGAGAAGAUUGAAGAGGUUUAUGAAAGGCUUCAAGGUUUAAAGAAAAUAUUUGUCCUUGAAUUCAGGCCACAAAAGGACAUUGAAGGAGGACUGGCAGUGGUGGUGCACUAUGCUGUUGUUUUUGAGGUUGAUGGUGCAGGAAUAAGUAAUGAGACCAUGGAUUACAUAAACCUGCAUUCCAAUAUGGUUGAGAACUCCUUCACAGAUCCUGAUGAGCUACCCACUGUGGUCUACACCAUCACUGACUUCAGAAACUACAUCACUGAAGCCCUCCACAAGGAAAAUUUCAUCGGAAACACCACUCUGGAUGUUGACCCUGAUUCUUUGCAACUGGAAAAUGUGGAGACAUUGCCGCCUUCCAAACCAACCAGCAGACCGCAUGACUCCAAUGACACGAUGAUCGAUGGACAGAGUGAGGGCACAAGUACAAAUGAUGAAAGUUCCACUAUGUCUCCAGCAGAAACAUCUAUGAAGAACCUGGAAAUUGAUUUUACCUCUAAAUCUGAGACAUCAACAAGUGCUCAUACUCCUGGUUCAGAGAAUUAUGUUUUUUUUGAAGAAGAGCAAUUCCUACAGAAUGCAACUUCCACCAGUCCUGUCACAGUAACCAAAAAUGCCUUACCUACAAAAUCAAUACUCAAGACAGAUGAUACACCAGUUUCUCCUGUGGAAACUCCUGGUGUGGAGGUAACUCCUGAGCAUGAUUUGAUGGACCUUGGUUCAGGCUCAGGUUUCUCUGGGGAUGGCCAAAGCCCAGACAUUUGGCCUUGGGUGUCUGGGGCGCCACAUGAAGCCUUGGAUGAAGAUGCUAAAGAUCUGCACCAACCUAAGGAGGAUCAGGAACAUAAAGAGAAACAGCUCGAACCUCCUCACCAAUAUCUGACCCCUGAGGAGCUAUUUUUGAGCGGAUUUCUUUUGACACAAGACAUUCGUACCAGUCCUCACUACACAACGACUGACCAGGUCCCAGUGUUCUGGACAAUGGAGACAUUAACUGUCGAGCUCUCUAUGCAGACACAAGUAGCCCCUGAACAAUAUGAUGAAUAUUUUCCAGAUGAAUCUUCUACUUUGGGUACACAUAUGACUGACCGACCCUUGCUACAUGUCUACACUGCGGCAGAAACUCUAAAUGUGAAUGGAUCACCAGGUCCUGAUACCACUAAGAGUUCACCUGCUGAUGAGGAUUUCACAGAACGACUUGUUACUCCCACUGUGAUCCCAACAAGCACAGCAGUAGCCAUGGAGGUAACAGAGGAGUAUACUGCUUCAACAGACAACAAACAGCAUCAAGAUGAUUUAGGUACAUCAGUUGUGACAGUGUCCUCAACAACAAUAAAGUCGAAUGAUACCCCUUUAACUACUCAACUGUCUUUAAUCCAAGAAACUGAUACCAUAUCUAUGGAAAGUCCUACUACUUUAGAAGCUUAUGAGCAACCUAUAAUUGAAGAUAUCACAGAGUUAACAGCAGUCUUAUGGCCAGAAGUGGAAGGUUCAGAUAAAGAAGUACACAUUCUAGAUGAGGAAUUAGGGGGUAUCAAGCUUGUGCCUACAGAAAACCCAGUGACUGAACUCUCAGAAGAAGAUUUAGUUGAGGAUGAGAUCAUGGUUGCAACAACAGCCAAGCCAACAAUAGUUACUGAGAGACCAAGUUUAGAUCAUUCAACUUCCUUCUCUCCUGAGAAAGAGUCCCCAUUCACUCGUAUAUCACAUUCAUCUCUAGAUGAACAUGAACCUGUAGAAGAUCCAACUACAGAACCUCUGCCAACCCAAUCAUCUACUCAAUCCAUUAUUGAAGAGAGGACCCUUCCAGUGACUCCAACUGAAGCUGUGCAUACUGAUGUUUUCACUCACCUCACCUUUGUGGAGGAGCCUAUUUUGUCAGAGAUGUUUGAAGAUGGGGACUUAACUACAAUAUUUCAUUCAGAAUCUCUACCUACCCAGUCUUCUACUCAAUCGGCUCUUGAGGGAACUACUCCAGAGACUCCAACUAAUGCUAUGCACAAUGACGUUGCAACUCGCUUCAGCUUUGUGGGGGAGCCUUUUUUGUCAGAGAAGGUUGAAGAUGGAGACUCAACUAAUUUAUUUCUCUCAAAACAUCUGCCAACCCACUCAUCUACUCAUUCGACUCCUGAAAAGAUGACUCCAGAGACUCUAACUAAUGCUGUGCACACUGAUGUUGUAACUCACCUUUACUUUGUGGAGGAUCCUAUUUUGUCAGAGAAGGUUGAUGAUGGGGACCCAACUACAAUAUUUUAUACAGAAACUCUAACCGGCAAAUCUUCUACUCAUUCGACUCUAGAGGAGACCACUCCAGAGACUCCAACUGAUGCUGUGCAUACUGUUGUUGCAACGCACUUCAGCUUUGUGGGGGAGCCUAUUUUGUCAGAGAUGUUUGAAGAUGGGGACUUGACUAUAACAUUUCAUUCAGAACCUCUGCCUACCCUCUCAUCUACUCAUUCGACUCCUAAAAAGACAACUUCAGAGACUCCAACUGAUGCUGUGCACACUGAUGUUGUAACUCACCUCACCUUUGUGGAGAAGCCUAUUUUGUCAGAGAAGGUUGAUGAUGGGGACUCAACUACAAUAUUUCAUGCUCCAAAAACAUCUGUCAUUCCAAAUAUUUCAGAAACUUUAAAAACAAACCUUAGUUCCACCACCUUACCACCAUUUUAUCAACCAACUUUUAGACCCAAUGAUCAGAUUCAUGAUGAAGUAGAUACUUCAAAGGAUUCCAUAAAGGAAGGCACAAUAGAGUCAAGCUCUGACAUCACAGGUCUCAUUCUACCUACUGAACCAGUGAACUCUGAAAGUACUACUGUGAAAGUUCCUAUUCCAGUAAACCCUAGUGUAACAGAAAUUGAUGUGUCAUUUGACAUCUUCCCAUUUGAUGGGCCAAGCCAUGAUGAAGACUUUGGUAGUGGGUUCGCUCAUGGGACUGACAUGGCCAGCAUUGCCUUGCCAGCCAGUCCUGGCAGGGCAUUAAUAGUGUUUUUCAGUCUCAGGGUUACCAACGUGAUGUUUUCAGAGGAUCUGUUCAACAAGAACUCUACAGAAUACAAGGCUCUUGAGCAGCGAUUUCUGGAGCUGCUUGUGCCAUAUCUACAGUCCAACCUCAGCAAUUUCCAAAAUUUAGAGAUCUUGAACUUCAGGAAUGGAAGCAUUGUCGUAAACAGCAGGAUGAAGUUUGGGAAACCAGUUCCCCAUGGUGUGACAACUGCAGUGUACCUUAUCCUUGAGGACUUCUGUAAUACCGCAUACCAGACUAUGAAUCUUGCAAUAGACAAGUAUUCAUUGGAUGUUGAAUCAGGUGAAAAGGCUGAUCCUUGCAAGUUCCAAGCAUGUAAUGAGUUCUCAAAGUGUUUGGUGAAUCGCUGGUCAGGCGAGGCAGAGUGUGUUUGUAACGCUGGCUAUUUUAGCGUUGAUGGUUUGCCAUGCCAGAGCAUCUGUGACAUACAAGAAGAUUUCUGCCAAAACGAUGGGAAAUGUGACAUCAUACCUGGCAAAGGAGCCAUUUGCAGGUGCCGUGUUGGUGAGAACUGGUGGUAUCGUGGUGAACACUGUGAGGAGUAUGUGUCAGAACCUCUGGUGGUUGGCAUUGCCAUUGCUUCAGUGGCUGGGUUCCUCCUUGUGGCAUCUUGCGUGAUCAUCUUUCUCGCCAGAACUCUACGAGACCAAUAUGACACGGAUGAUUCAGAAGACCCUUUACGACAUGCAGACAGUGUGCCAUCUCUAGAGCGAGACAAUAAGUACAACCCCAUGUUUGAAAGUGAAGCGACUAUGGGCUAUAAUCAGUAUUAUCGCCGUUACCCAGAAGCCCCUUCUUACAGCAUCGGCGGCGUAAAGACCUCCACAGACUUCAGCAGCGAAGAGGUCCAACACAUUUAUGAGAACAGCAAACUGACCAAAGAGGAAAUCCAGGACCGUGUCCGAAUUAUCGAGCUUUAUGCCAAGGACUGCCAGUUUGCAGAUUUUGUCCGGCAGCACCAAGUGGCGCUUGAUGCUAGAAGGGAGAGCUCUUCCAAUUAGAGCUGCAAACCAGGUUGCUCACCGCUAAACCCAAGACAUUUGCCUUUUUUUCUUGAAUGCAAGAAGAGGUCCUCCUUUGCCAUGGUGGACUUUUCAGGGAGAUGUUUUGUGAUGAGGUGAAUGGACUAAAGAUUUAAUUUUCAUAACAUUAUUCUGUUAUGGACAAUUGUGCAGACAUUUCAAUGACUGACACUUGAAGAAUUAUGCAAAUUGUAAUCUAAUGUAGUAAACACGUGUAUUUGUGUUUUUUGUUUUAAUGUGGAUUAUGAAUUUAUGUUUUGCAUGUUUUUUUGUUUUUGUUUUUUAUCUUCACUGUUUUUACUGAUGGGCUGAUUUAUUGCAUUAUCAUGGCCAUAUUCAUAAACACAUGCUAGUGACACUAUACGUACCGGCGACGCUAUAGAUCUUUAAGUUUCUAUCUUUUUUAAUGGAAAUCCUGUUUUUCAUUCUUACGGUCUUUUUAUUUGUCAGUGCCUUUACUUGAUUGUUACUCUUCAUUUAUAAUUUCUAUGUGGGACAUAAUGUGUUGUAUCUUGUAACAUUGACUGACUGUAGAGAGAACAUUUGCCGAUAGUUAUAGCACUUUUAAAAAUACAGAGUAGAUUAGUUCCAUAAUACAGUUUUACCAUGUUUAACAUUUUUAGCCCUCACUGCAAAUUUUUCUCUAACAGCUUAUUGACCAUGAAUUUCCAGUAAAUAAAAUUUAGCAAAUAUUUCUUUUAGAAACGUGUUUUGUGUUUAGGGAACUUUUGCAGAGGUUAUUUUUUCUACUUUUGUAAAACACUUGCAACACACACAAGUGUAUUACAUGUAUUUAAAUGUUAAUGUUAACAUCCAUCACAGCAGAUUGUUCUAUUUAUACGUAUAUUUUUAUUAUAACUGAUUUCCACAAUGAUUUUCAUGGUGGUCAGAGUUUUAUUUUCAAAAUAAAGUAUAGCGCACAAGGUUUAAUGUUGAUUCAACAUUGCUUAACAGUGUGGAAAUUGUUCUAAUAGUCAAUAAUUCAAUGUACGCUUUUCAAAUCUGUAAAUAAACUGUACUUUUUUACAUGCCACAAAUUCAGUGUAGAAAAACUGAAGUCACUUCAUCUGUGUGCAAAAAGGUUUUAGAGUUUGGAUUAAAACAGGUUUCACUGCACUUUAAAUUCGCUUUUGCCAAGUACUCUGUUGUUCGUUUAUUUUCAUUUGCGAUGAAAAGCUCUUUCACAUGCUGUAAAUCUAUGUUUUGUCAAA